AGAUGCUGCAGUUGGGCAAGGUCAGGACCUUGCCCUGAAAGCCGGGCGGCGGCGCGCACGCCUUUCCCGGGACUGAGGGGCCGUCGCCGCUGGCGGGUGCAUGUUCUCCAGGAAGCAGCCGGGCGCCGCGCCGUUCGGAGCUAUGCCUGUCCCAGACCAGCCUUCGUCAACCUCAGAGAAGACCAGCUCCCUGAGCCCUGGCCUGACCACCUCCAAUGGGGAUGGCUCAGAAACGGAGACCACGUCUGCCAUCCUUGCCUCAGUCAAAGAACAGGAAUUACAGUUUGAGAGACUGACGCGAGAGCUGGAGGCAGAGCGGCAAAUCGUAGCCAGCCAGCUGGAGCGAUGCAAGCUUGGAUCGGAGACGGGCAGCAUGAGCAGCAUCAGUUCAGCAGAAGAGCAGUUUCACUGGCAAUCACAAGAUGGUCAAAAAGACAUCGAAGAUGAACUUACCACAGGUCUUGAGCUGGUGGAUUCCUGUAUUAGAUCACUGCAGGAAUCAGGAAUACUUGACCCACAGGAUUAUUCCACAAGUGAAAGGCCCAGCCUGCUCUCCCAGAGUGCACUUCAGCUCAAUUCCAAACCUGAAGGGCCCUUCCAGUAUCCUGCUGGCUACCAUAGCAACCAGACCCUGGCCCUGGGUGAGACAGCCCCUUCGCAGCAGCUCCCGGCCCGAGGUGCGCAGGCCCGUGGUGCAGGUGCGGGCCACGCCUUCAGCCAGGUACGUGUGGGAACGGGGACCCCUGCUGUAUCGGUCCGGUCCAUGGGGGAACAGGGUUUAGAGAAAAUUCCUGUCGUAGGCUUUUAUGCCACUUGUCAGCUGGCUUCCGCACAGAUGAAUGUAGCUCGGGCCCCAGGAGAGCUUCAGAAGAAAAGCGAAAGAAGGUCCCUGUCUGCAGCUUCAUGGUGGUUCUCAUACCAGCAGCAUCCGUCUCCCCCUGGGAGAUUGCUAGAAAUGCAGACUCACAGGCUCACGCCAGACCCCCGAAUCAGAAUUUCUUCUAGAUCUGUGGCUUCAGAGAAUUUUGAUUUUGCUCAGUUAACUCCCUCGGAUCUUCCCAUGAACCUGACACCAGAGGCAUCUUACAUAUGUAAGCAGACACUGCCCCAGUCUCCAGACGCGAUUCCCAUCUCACUGUCGGCCGGCCUUGGCUGGCGGGUCGCCCCCUGUGUCGGCAAGGACCGUGCCCGAGAAGAUGGGGGGCAGACGGGGGCCUCUGCGUCCAGAUCCCGCGCGCAGGGCAGCGAGCCGCCCUCCCUCGCCCGGGACCCCAGGCCGCGCCAGGCAGGGGGGCCGAGGGAGCGGAUCGGAGGAGGUGACUUUUCUGUAGGCGUCGUGCCCAUCAAAGACCAGGCCAAGCUGGCGAUUCUCUGCUCAAUUUUGGAGGUAGAUGAUCAUAAAUGGCAACCCCAUAGCAGAACCAAAAUCUCCAGAUCUGGGUCCCGGGCCUCGUACAGCAGCCAGCACGGCCACCUGGGCCCAGAGCUUCGGGCCCUGCAGUCCCCAGAGCACCACAUAGACCCCAUCUAUGAGGACCGUGUGUAUCAGAAGCCCCCCAUGAGGAGUCUCAGCCAGAGCCAAGGGGACCCUCUGCCGCCAGCACACACCGGCACGUACCGCACGAGCACAGCCCCAUCCUCCCCCGGUGUCGACUCCGUCCCCUUGCAGCGCACAGGCAGCCAGCAUGGCCCGCAGAACGCCGCCGCGGCCACCUUCCAGAGGGCCAGCUACGCCGCGGGCCCAGCCUCCAAUUACGCGGACCCCUACCGACAGCUGCAGUACUGUCCCUCGGUCGAGUCUCCGUACAGCAAAUCCGGCCCCGCCCUCCCGCCCGAAGGCACCUUGGCCAGGUCCCCGUCCAUCGAUAGCAUUCAGAAAGAUCCCAGAGAAUUUGGAUGGAGAGACCCGGAGCUACCGGAAGUGAUCCAGAUGUUACAACACCAGUUUCCUUCGGUCCAGUCUAAUGCUGCAGCCUACUUACAGCACCUGUGUUUCGGAGACAAUAAAAUUAAAGCCGAGAUAAGGAGGCAAGGAGGUGUCCAGCUUCUGGUGGACCUGCUAGACCAUCGGAUGACGGAGGUCCACCGUAGUGCUUGCGGGGCCUUGAGAAACUUGGUGUACGGGAAGGCCAACGACGACAACAAAAUCGCCCUGAAAAACUGCGGCGGCAUCCCAGCACUGGUGAGGUUACUCCGCAAGACCACCGACCUGGAGAUCCGGGAGCUGGUCACAGGAGUCCUUUGGAACCUCUCGUCUUGCGAUGCCCUCAAAAUGCCCAUCAUCCAGGACACCCUGGUGGUGUUGACCAACGCCGUGAUUAUCCCCCAUUCAGGCUGGGAAAACUCACCGCUCCAGGAUGACCGGAAGAUACAGCUGCAUUCCUCACAGGUGCUGCGAAAUGCGACCGGCUGCCUAAGGAAUGUUAGUUCAGCCGGAGAGGAGGCCCGCAGGAGGAUGCGGGAAUGUGAUGGGCUCACAGAUGCGCUGCUCUACGUGAUCCAGUCUGCACUGGGGAGCAGUGAGAUCGACAGCAAGACCGUUGAAAACUGUGUGUGCAUCUUAAGGAACCUGUCCUACCGACUAGCAGCAGAAACGUCUCAGGGACAGCACAUGGGCACGGACGAGCUGGAUGGGCUGCUUUGUGGUGAGGCCAACGGCAAGGACACGGAAAGUUCCGGAUGCUGGGGCAAGAAGAAGAAGAAAAAGAAAUCCCAGGAUCAGUGGGAUGGAGUAGGACCUCUUCCAGACUGUGCAGAACCACCAAAAGGGAUCCAGAUGCUUUGGCACCCGUCAAUAGUCAAACCCUACCUCACACUGCUCUCUGAGUGCUCAAACGCAGACACGCUGGAGGGGGCAGCAGGGGCCCUGCAGAACUUGGCUGCGGGGAGCUGGAAGGGCUGGGCUGAGGAUGUGGCAGGCAUGGCGUAUGCCCUACGUUCACUGCCAGAGGGGGCUCCCUGCCUGCCACAGUGGUCAGUAUAUAUCCGGGCUGCUGUCCGAAAAGAGAAAGGCCUGCCUAUCCUUGUGGAGCUGCUCCGAAUAGAUAAUGACCGUGUGGUGUGCGCGGUGGCCACGGCGCUCCGGAACAUGGCCUUGGACGUCAGAAACAAGGAGCUCAUUGGCAAAUAUGCCAUGCGAGACCUCGUCCACAGGCUCCCAGGUGGGAACAACAGAAACAACACAGCGAGUAAGGCCAUGUCAGACGACACGGUGACAGCCGUCUGCUGCACCCUGCACGAAGUGAUCACCAAGAACAUGGAGAACGCCAAGGCCUUACGGGAUGCGGGCGGCAUCGAGAAGUUGGUUGGCAUCUCCAAAAGCAAAGGAGAUAAACACUCUCCGAAAGUGGUCAAGGCCGCAUCUCAGGUCCUAAACAGCAUGUGGCAGUACCGAGAUCUGAGGAGUCUUUACAAAAAGGAUGGAUGGUCCCAGUAUCACUUUGUAGCCUCAUCUUCAACCAUCGAGAGGGAUCGGCAAAGGCCCUACUCUUCCUCUCGCACGCCCUCCAUCUCCCCUGUGCGUGUGUCUCCCAACAACCGCUCAGCAAGUGCCCCAGCUUCACCUCGGGAAAUGAUCAGCCUCAAGGAAAGGAAAACAGACUAUGAAUCCACUGGCAGCAAUGCCACUUACCACGGGACUAAAGGAGAACACACUUCCAGGAAAGACACCAUGACAGCUCAAAACACUGGAAUUUCAACUUUGUAUAGGAAUUCAUAUGGUGCACCCACCGAAGACAUCAAACAUAACCAGGUCCCAGCACAGCCAGUCCCACAGGAGCCCAGCAGGAAAGAUUACGAGACGUACCAGCCGUUUCAGAAUUCCACGAGAAACUACGACGAGUCCUUCUUCGAGGACCAGGUCCACCAUCGCCCUCCCACCAGUGAGUACACCAUGCACCUGGGACUCAAGUCCACCGGCAACUAUGUCGACUUCUACUCAGCUGCCCGUCCCUACAGUGAACUGAACUAUGAAACGAGCCACUACCCGGCCUCCCCCGACUCCUGGGUGUGAGCAGUGGGCGGCACGAGGCGCUCCGGGAACAGUGCAUGUGCAUGCAUACCACAAGACAUUGCUUUUUUUUUUUUUCUCCCCCUGCAAAUUUAGUUUGUUCAAGCCUGUUCCAUAGGAAGGCUGUGAUAACCAGUAAGGAAAUAUUAAGAGCUAUUUUAGAAAGCUAAAUGAAUUGAAAGUUAACUUGAAAGUCAAUAGGAAGCUAAAGCGAUCCUAAAUAUGACAUCGUGCAACCCCUUUCUAGUUUGAGCUGUAGAGUAUAAAAAGUGCUUUAUAUUGAAUGUGGCUGAAGGCAGCAGAGGAGACGGUCGGGGUGGUGGGGUGUGAAGGUUACCGUUAAGCACAAGGGACAGUGUAGUUCACACACUUUAGAGGGACGGCUUCUCACGCUUUGUUUACUCUCUUCAUCCGUUGUGAUUCUAGGCUUCAAGUUGCAUUGGGGUUCCUCUGUACAGCAAGAUGUUUCUUGCCUUUUGUUAAUGCAUUGUUGUAAAGUAUUUGAUGUACAUUACAGAUUAAAGAAGAAAAGCGCGUUGUGUAUAUUACACCAUGCGGCAGUGUUUCCUCAUCUAUGGUUCUAAAUAUUGCUUCAAUUUCAAACUUUUGAAAGAUGUAUGGAUUUCCAGUUUUUCUUUUCUUUUCUUUCUCCCAGUAUGUUUUAACAAAAAAAAUGGGGAAAAAAGGAAUAUUUAGCAGUAUUGUUCGUUCUGAUAUGUGAAUUUGUUUGUGGCAAGUAAGCAAGGCAUUCAGCAGUUUCUGACAAUUAACAUACAUCAUUCCACACUCCUUGUCAACAAAGUGCUUUUUCACUGCCUAAAAUUUUAGAUGUAGAUAUUUGAAAUAGAUUUUUUCAUUUAUACCAGUUUUCUUUAUGAUGAUACAGUGUUAAAAGAAAAUAAAUUACAAUUGAUCUGUCA